AUGCAACAGGAAGCCAACUCAGAAGACGUGGUGUGCCCGCUCUCGAUCAGCCUCGUGCAUGGGCAGGUGGAUCGUACGUAUUCGAUUGGCACGGGGGCGUGGUCAGCCACCAGCCGCAAGAUUACUUCUCACAGCCAAGCCGACGCCUUCAAGCGCGAGCAAUGGGUGUCAUUUGCCUCCACCAACAAGCUGUUGUGCUUUCGAAUCGAGUACGCCAAGCCCGUGGAGCUGCUGAGCAUUCGUGCCGCGGGCAACGCCUGGAUGUCCAAGCGGCCCGGCCACCAGCUCACGCUGUACGAUGAAAACAUGGCCAUCAUUGCGGAGACGUGCGUGCACAGCGACGACGACAUCAACAUGUACAUGGAGGUGGUGCUCGAGCCCCAGGACAAGACCGCGGCGCACGGCAAGGUGUUCUACCUCGAGGAGAAGCACGACCUGUGCAUCCUGCGCAACUACAACGUCGUGGCGCGUCCCUUCCGGCCCGCGAUCCCCAAGGGCGCCAUCAUGGACGACGUCCACUCGCUCUUCAACAACAAGGAGCUGAGCGACCUCACGGUCGUGGUCGAGGGCAAGCCCAUCUACUGCAACCGGGCCAUGCUCGCCGGCCAGCAGAAGACGAUCUCGAUCCCCGAGGCUCGCCACGAGGUCUUCCUGCGGCUCAUCGAAUACCUUUACACGGACGAUAUUCGUUCUGAGUUGGAGGCCGACGCCUACGUCGAGCUGCUCAUGCUCGGCGAACAAUACAAUCUACCGCGUUUGAAGGCCAUGUGCGGGGUGAAGCUGAAGCAGAGCAUCAGCGUGAACAAGGUGUCGACGCUGCUCAUGACCGCCCACCGCCACAACUCGCAACAACUCAAGGACCUCUGCAUCCAGUACAUCUGCGAGCAUCACAACGAGGUGGUCAAGAGCAAGGAUUUCAAGGUGCUGGCCGAGGAGCCCGAGCUGCUGAUGGAGGUGACGGUCAAGAUAUCGCUUGAUGGCAAGAAAGUGUGA